AGGGCCAUCUUCAAAGCUGCCCUCUCAAACUUCAACCUGGGGGUGCCCGACGAAAAGUCACGGACUGCUACUGACACCCUUAAAAUCCCGGAUGAGUGGGCAGGCUGUGCAAAGAAUGGGGAUGUGGACAAGGCGAGGAGCACAAUUCGUCAGUUCUACCGGGACUGGUCGGCAGAAGGAAAAAGGGAGAGGGAUGUCUGCUUCCGGAAUGUCUUCAAGGUUGUUGAACAAGAGCAGAAGAGGUUGAAAGAAGGGGAGAAACUGCGGGUUUUGGUGCCGGGCGCGGGGUUGGGGAGGUUGGUGUUUGAACUGUUUCUACGGGGGUGUAUAGCGGAGGGGAAUGAGAUUUCCUACCACCAACUGCUGGCGAGCUCUUACAUCUUGAACUGCUGCGAGCGGGCGGGGCAGUACGAGGUUUUUCCUUGGGUGCAUGGGUUUUCGAAUCACAGGACAAGAAGGGAUCAGUUUAGGGGGUACAAGGUGCCGGAUGUGCACUGUAUGAGCGAGACAAUGAGGGUGCAGGAGGAGACGGGCAGGGUCGGCGAGAUGAGCAUGACGGCUGCGGAUUUCUUGUGCGAGUACGCCAAGGAGGAAAACGCGGGGGCGUUUGAUGUGGUGGCGGCGGUUUUUUUCCUCGAUACGGCCCCGAACCUGAUUAGGUAUUUGGAUGUGAUUUAUGGGUGUUUGAAGCCGGGGGGGGUGCUGGUGAACUUUGGGCCGUUGCUGUGGCAUUUCGAGGGGGUGAUGCCGAAUAAGAGUGAGAACCAGGCCCAUAUGAGCGGCGGGGAUGAUAUGACGGGGAUUGCGGAGCCGGGGAACUUUGAGCUGACGGAUGAGGAGGUGAUGGAGCUGGUGACAAAGGUUGGGUUCGUGGUUGAGUCGAGGGAGACGGGGGUCGAGGCGCCGUAUAUACAUGAUACCGAGUCCAUGCUGCAGACUGUGUAUCGAGCCAGUACGUGGGUUGCGAGGAAGCCGGUCAUCAAGGCGGAUACUUCUUAG